UCUCUGAUAAACGAGGAUCUCCAGCAGAUGGACCGGAAGCCACGGCGCUCUCCGCCUGUGAGCAAAUCUCGCGAGAUUCCAUCUCAGCAAAGGCAGAGAAAAUGGAAGGCUGUGCUAGGUAGCUAACUGAGCGAAACCUUUUUUUUGUAACUGGAAACUAAUCAUUUGUACGCAAGCGUUGUGACCUGUGAAUGUCAGCAUGGACCCGAUGGAUAAUAACAGCACUACAGAUGACAAUAUUUCAGAGGAACAGCAAGACCAGUCAGAAGGGGCAGAGUCGACUGUUAGGCCCUCCCUGUCUCAGGUGAAAAAGUCCUGGGGCUUCAGGCGGACAACAAUCGCUAAAAGGGAGUUUUUGGAUGAAGUUGGAGACCUAACCCACAGUCCUCCAAUUGUACGCAGAGGCAGAAGUCGUCGAACCAACCAGACUCCCCAGGCCACUCCAGAAACCCACACCACCCAGAAAGCUACUCGUCCAACUAAGAGUGUCAUAGAUGAGCUUGAGUGGUCCGCCCCAUCCUCGCCUGCAUCAGAGGAGAGCAAGCCAGCCUCAGAAGCUUCUGCGGGAGGGAGCCUUGACCCCAGCUUAUGGCAAGAUUUUGGGUCUGCCUUCCACACUGCCUUCUCACUACUCGGCGGCAAUGAGGGCCUGUCAAUGGAAAUGUCGGAUACACUGGCAGUCCCGGACAUUUUGGAAGCCACUGAUGCCAUCAAGGCCCCUCCUCCACAGGCUAUAGAUGAAACUGAGGUCCUUCAUUUGGAAUCUGCUGAUGACAUGGAGACUGUUGCUCCGGACGAUGUGGCGGGGGGGGAAGUCGAUGAUGUGGUGUUGAUCUCUAGUCACGAAGAUGACAGUGAUAAUAUGACUCUGAUACAGAUUAAGGAGCAGCUGGUAUCUAAAGGCCGGCAGGGAGACACCAGAGGUAGAGGGGGAAAAGGGGGAAGAGGAAAGGCCAGAGGAAGGGGGAGAGGCAGAGGAAGAGGUCGGGGAAAAGGUAGAGGGAGGGGCAGAGGGAGGGGCAGGGCCGUGGAGCUUCAGUCAAUCAUUGCAGACGAUGAGGACAACGACGAUGAGGUAAUGCUCGAUAAUCCAGCUGAACAGCAGCUGCAGCAGUUGCGAGACGAGGAAAAAGUAGACCGUCCACACAGCCCUGCUGGAAUCGAGAUGUCGCCUGCUCACUCUGAUAUCAGUCUGAGUCCUGCUCAGCGAUCAAGCUCAGACUGCAUAAUUAUAGACUCUGAUUUAGACCAGAUUACUGAUGCAACUCCUGGCCAGUAUGAUGAUGCACCAGAGGAGGUGGAGGAGGAGGCGGAGAAGAAAGACGAAGUCACGCGUGUAAGCGAGUAUUCAGGCAUAUCGGGCUCUGAGGGUUAUGACUCCAAUGCUCUAUACUGCAUCUGUCGACAGAAACACAAUAAAAGGUUCAUGAUCUGCUGUGACAGUUGCCAGGAGUGGUUCCAUGGCAACUGUGUUGGUAUCAGCGAGACAGAGGGCCAUAAGAUGGAGAGGAGAGGGCAAGAGUACAUCUGCCCCACUUGCACUACAAAGAAGCAGAGCCAACUCCAGCCUGAGCCUCGCUCUGAGCCAGAGCCUGAGCUUAGCUUUCCCGAAUGUUUGACACUAAGUUCUUCUGGUGAAGAAGGGGAGGGGCACGAGAAGCAGCAAGCCCACAAGGAGACUGCUGCUGCUGCUGCUGCUGCUGUGGUGGUGGAGGAGGAGGAAGAGGGGGAGACGGCUCCUGUGAUGAAGCCAGAACCAGAACCUGAACCAGAACCUGAACCUGAACCUGAAGCUGAGAUGGAGACGGACAGUUCUCUUCCUCUGUGCAUUGGGCCCGGAUGCUCCAAACAAGCCCUACCGGACUCUGUUUACUGUGGCACUGACUGCAUCCUUCAGCACGCUGCCGUCACUAUGAAGACUCUUUCUGGCCCCAAGGUGCCCAAGGCCAGAGGCCGAGCACCGAGAAAAGCUGCUACUGCCAGACCAACUGCAAAGGGUCUGAGGUCGGGUAGGAUGUCUAAGAGAUUAGCAGGAAAAGCUGAGGAGGGAGGUGAAGAAGAGGAGAUCGAGGAGGAUGAUGGAGGGCAGAAGGAGGCUGCAUCUCCCUUAGCCUGCGACCCCAGUCUCAAAGAAGUUCAGGCCACUUCCAUACCAUCAUCUAAGUUUUACACAGCGUCUGAAAAGGACAGUAAACAGGUAGAGGCUGACAUUGAGGCUGCAGCUCCUUCAAAACAAUCUCCGGAGGACACCUCUACAGAUGCUGCUCCCUCUUCCCAGCCUGCCACUAAGCCAGCCAAGCCACAGAGCCACUCUCAACAAAAAGCAAAGGAGCCAAUCAACAGUGGUGUGUCUAAGCAGCAAUCUUCAGAAUCAGAUCCCUCUAUACCACCCACCCUAGCAAAAUCUAGUCUGUCUCCGGCCGCACAAUCCCCAUCCACCUCAGCUCCCAGACAUCAUGAAACAGGGGCCCUCAUGGUCACUAAGACCACAUAUGUCAUACCAAAGAAGCAGUCUGCAUCCCUACCUCCGUCCAGCCACAUGUCAGCUUCAGCAAAGUGCCAGAAGCCUUCUUCAGCCCCCAUGCUGCUAAAUGAAACCAGAAACCUGUUGGUGCCACCAGCACCAAGUGCUCCCUCCUCUAGACCAUCUCAGCCCAAUAACCAGGUCAGGCAGAGCAUCCAGCGCUCCCUCACCAGCAUCCUUUUCAAAAGGGUGUGUGAUUGUGAGGACUUGGAGAUGUCUGAGAGUGAAGUUGCAAAGCUUGUCGCAAGCAUUGAGAUGGAGAUGUUCGACAUAUUUCGCAACACAGACAGCAAAUACAUGAACAAGUACAGAACUAUAAUGUUCAACCUGAAAGACCCCAGAAACAAGGGCUUGUUGUAUCGGGUUGUACGUGGAGAGAUCAGUUCGUUCAGACUGGUCAGGAUGAGCCAGAAGGAUAUGCAAGCUACCAAGGCAUCAGAGCCAAGUGCAAAAGAAACAACAGAGGUUAAGGAUACAACUGAUAAAGUGACAAGUUUGCUGCCGAAGCCUGAAGCAGUGAAGGUUGACUUGCCCAGUUUGAAUCCCGCUAGACCGGAUAGAAGCACGGAACAGAAGAAAAGUCUUCCUGCUCCUGCUCUCAAGGCCAGAACAAGCCAACCAAGCAGUGCUGUACCAGAUAUCCUCUCCUGUAUGCUUAAGGACACAACAUCAGAGCACAAAGCUCACCUCUUUGACCUGAAAUGCAAGAUAUGCACAGGCCAAAUAAUAGCUGGAGACGAGGAGGAGCCCACAAAGAAAAAACCCAAGGUUUCUGAAACAAGAGAUAAAUAUGAACCCUCCUGGAGAAGGCCUGCAGGAGAUGACUCUCCUCUGAGGGCACCACCUGACUCACCUGACAUGGAUUCACCAACAUCCUUCCUAAUGGAUCCUUCAUCCCGCCUUAUCAUUGACUCUCCAGUAUUGACUAUAGUGGAAUCCCCUGCUUCCCCCAUAAUGGAUUCUCCAGCCUCCCCUACUUUAGAGUCUCCAGCUUCUCCUGUCAUGGAGUCCCCUGCAUCCCCAACUCCAGACACUCCUAAUGCUACUACAACAAAGAGAGCGUAUACACCAGUUGUGAUUCCAGCUGUCUCCACAGUAACCAUCUCAAGGCGUGAUCCCCGCACUGCUGCAAGCAGGUUCUCUGCUUCGUCAAGUGGCACCUCUGGUCCAAGUAACACAACCCAUAACCAAUCAGCCCAGUAUGCUCCGCUUAAAGAAACUAAGUCGGCCUCACCAUCAGCUUUAGCCUCCUCACUACCACCAACAAAAACAUUACCUAAAUCUAUCUUAAUGAAACCGUCUUCUUCGGCUGAUCCCAGACUCUAUGGCACAUCUUUGAGGACCGUGAUCUCUGAAUCCCCAGCUGAAAGUGGGACUGCUCAGUUCUUGGCUAAGGAAGACAUAGUGUGGAAAGGAUUCCUUAAUAUGCUCACUGUAGCAAAGUUUGUCACCAAAGGAUAUCUGGUUUCAGGAUCUGCUGAAAAUCUCAAAGCGGAUCUACCUGAUACCAUACAAAUCGGAGGACGAAUCAUGCCUCAUACAGUGUGGGACUACGUUGCAAAACUAAAGACCUCUCUUACAAAGGAGUUAUGUGUGAUCCGGUUUCACCCUGCAACGGAGGAGGAAGAGGUGGCCUAUGUCUCCCUAUUUUCCUAUUUCAGCAGCAGAGGUCGUUUUGGUGUGGUUGCCAAUAGCAGCCGUUCUAUCAAGGAUUUAUACCUUGUCCCACUCAGUGCAAAGGAAUCAAUCCCAUCCAUACUACAACCACUUGAAGGACCAGGGCUUGAAAAAAAACGGCCCAAUCUUCUUCUGGGUCUGGCUAUCAUUCAGAAGGCAAAACGUCCAGGAAGUUUGCCUCAGGAUAUUGAAGAGAAGAGACCCAAAGUUCAUAUGUCCAAAGACCCAAUGUGGAUCCCAAAACCUCCAGUCCUGUAUGGUUCUGACAAAUUGGAGAUAUUUCAACCAUACGAUCCAGAGACUCCUGCUAACACCACGCCUCCUGAUUCACCAACUUGUCCUGGGUCACCAUCAGAGUCCUCCUCUUCUGGCUCAGUCACCAUACCAUCUCUUUUGACUUCAGUUAAAGCAAAUCCUCCAGUUUCUACCUCAGCCGUUGUUGCUACCACUCAGUCCACCUCUGAUAACGUUUCUGACAAGAAUCCCACACCAGCAUCCAGUGUUAAGACACCGCUGCAGACUAUCUUGAAGAGUUUGUUUGGCAAGAAGCAAACUGACUCCAUCUCCUCUGAUGGAAGUUCUGCAACAACAGUUACCAGGAGUGUUAAGAAGCGUCCUGUGUUUUCUCAGGUGUCUGGAUCAAUGGUGGACCCAAUUGUCCAACAGUAUGGACAGAAAUCCAAAGUCAAAAAAAUAGAAGAAGAGGAAAGCGACUUUGACCGACCAUACGACCCAGAAGAGGAAUAUGAUCCAGCAAUGGGAUAUGGAAUGGUGGCUCCGCACAGCAUAGAAAAAAUUAACCCGGUUGGCCCUGCAGAAUCAGACUUUGUAGACGAUGACGUGGCCUAUGAUCCAGAGGACGAGACUAUAUUUGCAGAUAUUCAAAGUGAUAUUGUAACAAAGCCCCCUGUUCCAUCUCAAUUGUCAGAUUCUACAUCAACCCCAACCCCAGUUUCCACCCAGGCAGUUACACCAGCUCCCACUCCCACUCCAUCACAAACUUCUUCCACAGCUGAAGUAACUCAGAACCUUCCUAUAGGCACCGUGGUUGUCUCAGCUGCAACACUAACUGAACAACAGCGGAUGCUUGAGGAGCUCAAUAAGCAAAUUGAAGAGCAAAAACGGCAGCUGAAGGAGCAGGAAGAGGCACUACGCCAACAGAGAGAGGCUGUGGGUAUGUUCAUGGCUCACUUUUCUGUUUCUGAUUCUCUGAUGUCUCCCCCACCAAAAUCUUUGCCUGCCAGUCAACUGUCAUCUGUGCAGAGUGGCAUAAUGCAAACAGAGUCAACAGACAAGACCAACAACCUUACAGAGACUGUGGACAGUUCAAAUGUGGAUUCACAAACUGUUACGCUAGAAGACACAACUGCCAUCCCUAAUUUAAAAAAUGAUGGAGAAACUGUUACAGAACAAGAAGAAACGCAGGAAAAUGUUAAGGAAAGCGACAAAUAUUCCUCUGCAGGAGAGAUUGAAGAUUCUGAUGUAGCUUAUGAUCCUGAGGAUGAAUCACUUUUUAAUGAAAUUCAAGAGGAUGUAUUUCAAGGAAGCAGUGUAAAGACUUGUGAUUCAUUUUUGUCUAGAACAGGGCAUAGUGCCAGCCGCAUGGACACUCCUCUGAAUUCACACCACAGCAGAAAGCGAAGACUGUCACCAAAGAGGCGGGCUCAUCGUGAAAGGGACCGCCAUAGAAGUCCUUCAAGAAAGUCACAGCGCCGUUCUCCUUCACAUUCCCAGAGACGUAGAGAAAGGGAUAGGCAUAGAAGAAGUGAAAGGGACAGGUCCAGGCAUAGAGCUAGAGACCAUUCUGAACGUCAGGGUCGCCAUCGUAAGGAGCAUACCGCCCGCCGGCAUUCUCGUGGGCAUAGAAGAUCCCCAUCAUCUCCUACAAGAAAAGAUUCUAUGUCCCUUUCACCAAAACAGCACAGAGAUUCUUCCCCUCAAGUCCAUGAGAACUCAUCUACCUUGGUUGCCAUUAAAAAUGACCCUGAUCAAUUAGAAUUUAAUCUUGAUGAGAAGGUUGAGAACUCUGAUAAAGACUUUUCACUCUGUGCACAUGAACUUCUUCACAAUGUGAAGGUUGAGAUGUCAGAACCACCAAAAUCUGAUGAGCUUCAAAAUUCAAUCAGCGACCAUGAUGACACACAUAGAGAUUCUUCUGCCCAGGUGGAUAAACCCUCUCCACAGGAAACUCUGCUUAAUAGCAAAAUUGAUAGUGCAAUUCCUCUAAGAGAAAUUGAUCCGCCCAUUCGAGAUUCUCCUCAGAGCCCUGAUCCAGAGCCACAGUUUAUGAAACCGAGCAACAUAGAAAAGAGUGACUAUCUUAAGAUUGAGGAAAACACAUAUCCUGAGAUCAGUGUCUCAAUGCCACUUGUUAAAAUUGAAAGUAAUUGCCUGCCUAUUGGUGUUCAAGCAACAAUGUCCAAUAUCUUGUGGCCUACUGUUGGAGGUACCACAUCAAAUGUUAGAAAAGCAGACUUUAGAACCCUUGAUCUACAGGGUCCAGGUGUCGGAGAUCGAAGUAUGAUAGAGGCAGAAAAAAUGAUAGAAGGGGAAUAUCCAUGCUUAAAGCACCCAGAAAUACUGGGUUAUAGGGGAGGGCAUUCAAAUCCACCUAUAGGCUCAGAUAUUGAGGGCUCAGGACCUAAAAUAGACCCUGUGACAAAGCAUUCAGGACCUGGUAUGAGUGGUCCAGGUAACAGAAAUGCAGGACAAGAUAUGAAAAAACCUGGACACAGGGAACCACAGACACAUCUAAGAGAAUCAGGAAUUAGAUUCUCAGGGGCUGAUAUGAGAGGUCCAGGCAUGCAAGACAUAAACCCCAGCAACUGGGUUCCUGGACCACACAUACAAGACCUAGCAAUAAGCCAUCAAGGGAAAUAUGUGAGGACCCCAGGGACAGGGAUGCAGGUUUUAGAGCCAAAUAGCAGAGAAGUGGGUGUUAAACAUCACUAUACUGAUAGAAUUGGUUCUGUGCAAGAUAUGGAAACCUCUUGUAUACAAAGUGCAAAUCCAGAAGUACCAGCUGUUACCAAUACACGUAUGGGAGGAUCAGGCCUACAGAAUGAAAAGAGAGAUCCAGUCAUGAAGGGCCCUUCGUCAGAUAGCCAAAAAGAUAGAGGUGAUAGUCCACACACUGGGGAUAUGAGAUCUGCUAGGAGAGGUGGAGGUAUAAUAGAUCCCAGAAGUCCUGAUAUAAGAAAUGCAAGUCCAUCUUAUAGGGGCUCAGGAAGAGUUCAAAGGCAGUCAUGGCAUGAUGGCAGUCCAGUUUUAGAGGAAAGGGGCCUUCUUAAAAGGGGGUUUCAGCCACAAGGAAGAGAUGCCGAAAUGAGCAGGUUGGGUGGUGGUCGGGAAAAGAUUUUAGAUUCAAAUGCAGGUUCAAAGGGUACAGUUGUAAGAGCAGAUAGAAUAUGCCCAGCAAUGACCGAUGAAAGGCGGGGACCACAAAGAGGGCGAGGUGUACCCAUGAGAGGACCAGGGCCAAACAUAAAUUCCGAAAGUGGGUCUAACAGGUCCUGCAUUGGACGAGACAGUAGUGGGCCUAGAGAACAUUUCAAGGAACCACAGCCAGAUAUAAGAGAUGAAAGGAGUGUGUGCCCUGACAUGAGAGAAUCAGAAACUAUGCAUGAAAUAAGAAAGCCAGAUAUGACAGUCAGAAGUUAUAUGGGGCCUUGUCAAGAUAUGAGUAGUAUGGGUACCUCAGAUUCAAGGGGUGAUAGAAGUGAGUCACAUACCAGGAGUUCAAGCAGAGACAUUGGAGAAACAGGUUCAAAUAGGAGAGAUGCAGAUUUGCAAGGAAGAAAUAUACAGGGUCUAUGGCAAGAGAUGAGAAAUGAACAAGUGGGCCAAGAAGACAGAGGUCCCAUGCCAAACAUUACAAAUCCAGAUUGGAGAGGUCCAGGACCAGGUCUUAUUGGUCCUGAUAUGAGGGAUCAGAGGAGUCAAAAUAAAGGUUGGGGUCCGCAUAUGAGUGAUACAGAUUGGAGUGGCGCAGGAUCAGAUGUGAGAGAUGACUGGCAAGGGCCAGAUGAAUGCAGAGUCCAUCAGCCUGAUAGGAGAGGUCCAAACAUGGAGGACACGAGGCAUGACAGGAGAGGACCAGAGGGUCCGGAUUUCAUGGCACCGGGACUGUUAAAGAGAGGACCUGGUAUGGAGGUGCCACAGCAUGACAGGAGAGGUUUAGGAGGUCCAAAUUUCAUGGGACCAGGACCUGAAAGGACCGGUCCAACUAAUGACAAUCUAGGACCUGGCAUGAGAGGAACAGGAGGACCAGACUUUGUUGGACCAGGCCAUGAAAGGAGAGGUCUACCUAUGGAAGUAUCUGGGCCUAACAGGAGAGGACCAGCAGGUCCAGAUUUCAGGAGACCAUGGCCUGAAAGGAGGGGUCAUAAUAUGGUUGGUCCAGGGCCUGACAAGGGAGGACCUGAUAUGGAGAUCCCAAUCCAUGACAGGGGAGGACCAGGAGGUCCAGAUUUAAUGGGACCAGGGCCUGAAAGGAGAGGUUCUGAUAUGGAGGUCCUAAUGCAUGACAGGAGAGGACCAGGAGGUCCAGAUUUCGUGGGACCAGGACCUGAAAGGAGAGGUCACACUAUGAACAUUCAAGAGCCUGACAAGAGAGUACCAGGAGGUCCAGACUUCAGGAGACCAGAGCCUGAAUGGACAGGUCCAACUAAUGACAGUAUAGGACCUGGCAUGAGAGGAACAGGGGGUCCGGACUUUGUGGGACCAGGCCAUGAAAGAAGAGGUCUACAUAUGGAGGGUCCUGGGCCUAACAGGAGAGGACCAGUGGGUCCAGAUUUCAGAGGGCCAGGACCUGAUAGGAGAGGUCCUGCUAUAGAGGGUCCUGGGACUGACAUUAGAGGAGCGAGAGGUCCAGAUUUCAGGGGACCAGGGCCUGAAAGCACAGGCUUAACUAUGGAACGUCCUGGACAUGACAUGAGAGGACCUGGAGGUCCAGAUUUCAGAGGACCAGGACCUGAAAGAAGAGGUCCCAUUAUGGAGGGUCCUGGGACUGACAUGAGAGGACCAGGAGGUCCAGAUUUCAUGGGACCGGGGCCUGAAAGAAGAGGAUUUUCAAUGGAGGGUCCUGGGCCUGACAGGAGAGGACCAGGAGGUCCAGAUUUCAGAGGACCAGGCUAUGGAAGGAGAGGUCACACUAUGGACAUUCAAGAGCCUGACAGGAGAGGACCAGAAGGUCUAGAAUUCCAGGGACAAGGGCCUGACAGGAGAGGUCUGAUCAUGGGUGGACCAGGGCCUGACAGGAGAGGACCAGUUGGUCCAGACAUAAGAGGGCCUGGGUAUGAAAGGAGAGGUCCUCCUAUGCAGGGUCAAGGGCCUGACAGGAGAGGGCCAGGAAAUCAAAACAUAGGUGGACUAGGUCCUAACAGUGAAGGGCCAUAUACGAGGGGUCCUGGGCCUGACUUCAUAAGACUGGGGCCUGAACAAACUGGUCCAGGUAUGGAAGGUCCUGAAUCUCACACUAGAGGACAGGGAGGACCACACUUCAUGGACUCCAGGCCAGAAAGUAGAAAUUCAAAUAUUGAUGGCCCAGGGCCUGACAGGAGAGGUCCAGACAUCAGGGGACCAAGGCCAGAAAGACCAGAUUCUGGUAUGGAGGGUCCAGGGCCCAACAGGAGAGGGUCAGGAGGUCCAAACAUGAGGAGAUCAGGGCUUCAGCAUUCAGGUCCAAAUAUAGAGGGCCCAGUGCCUGGGGGGAGGGGUCCAGAAGGUCCGAAUUUCAGAGGACCUGGGCCAGAAAUAAGACCUGAUAUGGAGGGAACAAACAACAGCAGGGGCUUUCCAGGAUGCCCUCAGUUUAGGGGUUCUGAGGCAGAAAGAAGACCUCCAGUUAUGGAGCGUCCAGGGCCUAAUAGGAAAGGUCCAAGAGGUCCAGAUUUUAGAGGACUAGGCCCAGGGCCUGACAGACAACUACCAGGAGGCCCAGGCUUUAGGGAACCUGGUCCUGAAAGCAGGGGUCCAGAUAUGGAGGGCCAAGAAACUGAUUGGAGUAAAUCAGGUGGCCCAUGCACCAGACAAAAACGUCCAAAUACAGAAGGUCUAAGACAUAGAAGAGAUGACUGGGGAGGUCCUCACUUCCGAGGAUCAAAACCUAUCCAAGAAAGCCCAGGACAUUUGAGAGGUACAGGAGAUGAUUGGAGUGGUUCUGAUUCCAUGGGUCCAGGGCCUGUUCAAGAUGACUCAGAUAUGGCAUGCCCAGUGCCUAGUAGGGGGGGACCUGGAAAUGAAUGGAGAGAGUCUGAUAGAAAGGGUGCUGGGCCAAAUAGACGGGGGCCUGCUCCGUUUUUCAGAAGGGAAAGAGAUCAAGACAAUAGAGGACAAGGCCAUGAUAGAAGAAGUCCAGGUAUGAGAGGAGGUCGAGAUAUGGGGAAUGAUUGGAGGCAGCCAAACUUCAGGAGUAAUAUGGGAGGGCCAAACAUGGAAGGGCCUAGGGCUCAUCGGGGAGGUCCAGACAUGAAUUCAUGCCCUAACAGAAGAGGGUUUGAGAUGGAAGGUCUUGAUAGAAGAGGAGGUCCAGAUUUAAGACGCCCAGGACCUGGAAAUAGACAUCCAAACAUGGAAGGUCCAGGGACUGAUGGGAGGUUUUCAGAUUGUGGGGACCUAGGAUCUGAAAGGCAAGGUGUGGACAUGGAAAACCCAGAAACAGAUAGACAUGGAUUUGAGCAUGAUUUUGGGAGGGAAAGGAGAGGUCCAAACAUGAGAAGGUUAGGGCUGGGUAAAACGCAUAUGAUGGGCUCAGCACCUGAAAGCUCAGAUAUAAGACAUGGGCCAGGGGAGUGGGAUAUAAACACUGAGGGCCUAGGGUUAGACUCAAGGGGAUCAGAGCCAGCAUUACAUAACUUCAAUAGUCCUCAUCAAGUUGCCAGAUUCCAAGGCCCUUGUGAUCCACAUUCUGCACCGAACAGUGGGCCCCUAGGUCCAGCUCAAAGCAGUGGAGGAAACUCAUGUCCUGGGUUUAACAAACUCCAAAAUCAACAAGCAGUAAAACCUCAGAGACACAGAGCUGCCUUACUUCCCACUCCAACAGAAGGUCUUAUACGCUUUCCAAAUCGUAUGAUCAACAAUCCUGAUGUCUUCAGUCCAAAACGAAAACAAAAAGGUCACCCAACAGAUAGGGAGUGGAGUAGAGGUAGACCAUUUAAUCGAGAAAAAGAAUUGGUCAAAGAGCAUAGACCGGAGCAGGAGAAAAGUCUAAGCAUAUCUUUAGAUGCAGGUACAAGGGGUGUGGAAGAAAAAAAGGAAGAGGGCAAGGAAACUAAAAACAAUCAAAGUAUGGACAGUGAUGUCAAGCCAAGUUAGACUCAUUCAUAAACCCCUCAGUUAGGCUGAUGGACUACAAAAAUGCUUAAUAUUGUCAUAUUGGAUUGAGAUAUUACAGCGUAAUGCACAUUAACACACACUGGGAAGUGACUGUUCAUGUUUUAUUUAAAUUUCAACACGACCUACAGGCAAGGCCUUAUGAAAGAUCAGACAUGGCUUGAUAUGCUCAGAGGUAUUUGAGUUCAUUAUGUUUUAGUUUGUCUUAAUGUAUUCAAAGUAGAUGUGUUUAUUUUUGUUAUUUGAUUAUGACAACAUGCAUCUUAACUGAUCACUGGUAAAUUCAGCUACUUGAUAUGUAUUUAUAGUUUGAAAUAGUCUAGUAGACAUGUUUUGUACAGAAAAUGUACAUUUCUUUUUGUUUCAUCAUUUUUUAACAUAGCCAUAGUGUCAGUACGGUAGCCAUUGUCUGGCUUUAAUGUUCUUAUGCUGAUUAAAAAAUGGCUUGUUUCAUUGUUCUUUUAGAAUGCAAGAAGUCAAUAAAAUGACAUACCUUUUUUAA